AUGCAGUACAACUCCAACAUGCCCCAAACUAUGGGUAUGGGCGCUCCUGCCGGUAUGGUGGCCCCGGGGCCCAUCGCCUCAGGCAAUCCCUAUGCACCAGCGCAACAGCCGGGAUGGCAGACCUCAGAACCCGGGAACGCUAUCGGGAGCUCCGGGAUGAACCUUGACAACAGCGCCGUUAACAACUUCAGGGCUUCCCAGCCCCCGGUUCCUGAUAGGGAUAACCUCGGAAACGACGAUGAUGAGUACGCAAAAGCGCGUCUUCCCGUUCGCAUCCCAGACACGUACCCUGUGAGCAAGGGUACUUGGGCUACCGUACUAAAGUGUGUGUUCUCUAUCACGCACUUUCUGACCUGUCUUGCGUUCAUUUUGUCUAUCUUCUACAAAAUCAACAACGGCGGGUUUGAGUUCUACUGGCUCAUGUGCUCACUCUUCUUCGGCUUCAUCACAAUCCUGUUUGGCCUCUGCCACUUAGACCUUGCAAUCAUGAGGAAGUUCCUGGACACGAACCCUCUGCUGCUCAACAAGUGGGCUUCCCUCGUUGUCCUUUCGUUUCUUUGUCUUGCAUACCCUUACAAUCUUUCGUCGGAGCACAUGCCUCGCUUCGUCGGGUCCAUAAUUAUGUUCUUAGUGGUGUGCGUUACUACUGUGCUAAUAUUGUACGGUGUAAUCGGACUUUUCCUUUGUCCUCGCCGUCCAGCCCAACGUUCGUAUGUAUAA